AUGUCGUAUGUCUGUCGCAAACUGUCACGUGCAUUAGUCCACCGCGGUUGCAAAAUGUCACAAUGCGGGGUGCAAGGAUAUAUAAAACGCCAGUGGUCUUUCAAAACGACACUGCACGACAUGCUAGUCCCAUCUUGCGACACCAUCAGACACUACCAACAGUUUCUUCGGUCACUUUUGGUUUUGGCCAAAAUGCCCUUGGACAUUUUCAUUGUGGUGCUCCGCUUCUACAUUUUUGGCGGAAUCCACUACCGGAAAUACUCGAAAAGCUUGCUCAAUUGCAUCAAAUUGACGAUUUUUAGAGCUUCGCUAACUAUAGACAUCAAGCAUGCCUACUUGCUUGCACCUUACUCCAAUUCUUUCUUGCUUAGACGUAUUCUUCCUUUUGUUGGCAAGGAUCUCGUCAAGAAUGUUCCCGGAUACGGUCUGCGGUACGACAAAAACUCGAUUUGGAUGGCCAAAAGCGGAACUUCCAAGGCAGAUCCAGUCAUUAUUUAUUCGCAUGGAGGAGGAUAUUUUAUCCAGACCCAAGUCACUCAAGUCAGAUCUCUCAUGUCUGUCUAUCACUUGCUUGAGCCAAAGAAGAAAAGCAAAACAUCUAUUUUGUUUUUGGACUACACCCUUGUGGGCCGAGGCAAACCUUUUCCAACGCAGUUGAUGCAGCUUCAUUCGACUUACUCCAAUCUUGUUUCCGAGGGACACACCAACAUCAUUCUUAUGGGAGAUUCUGCAGGUGCCCAUCUUUCCAUCUCGUAUACCCAGUACUUAAAAACGUUGCAAACAGAAAAGAUUUUUCCCAAGAAACUUCUCUUGAUCAGCCCGUGGGUCAAAAUAACUCCUCUUCCUACAGAAUUGGUGGAAGGAAGGUCGUGGUUGCAGAACCAACACUACGACAUGAUCCACUACACCCGCUUCACCAACAGCGACGACAUUCCUCCGAUAUUUGGAGAGCAGGAUCCAUUUUCGUUGGUAUUCGGGCUUAUGGCUAAAGUUCCGAAACAGGAAAGCGACUGGAAGGACAUUCCCAACUACUCGAGCCCAGACAACGACGUGUUUUUGAUUUUCGGCGAGGACGAGAGUUUCAGAGACGAUAUCUUGGAGUUUGCAAAGUAUGCUCUCGAUCUUCCCUGGUACGAAAAGGUCAAGUAUGGGGAUCUGCACAAAUAUUUGGAACGUAACCACUAUGAGUACGAGCGAAGAAACGAGCUGGGGAAAUGCAACCUCAGCGUUUUUGUGGAGCCUCUUGGAGUCCACGACUCGAUGCUCUUUUUUGAAGAUGUUGUGGCAAGCCAGAUCUGCGGCCGCUUAAGACAAGUCAAAUCGAUUCUGGUGGAAGAAAUCGACAGCAAAAAGUACUUUGGUAUUUCACGUCUUGUGCGGUUUUUGAACGAGACUUUAUGA